AGGCUAUCCGACCGACGUCAAGACUUAUAACAAGGCCCUCUUCGCCUCUUCAAGCAAACCCGGAACAAGUGCGAACAGCAGCAUCGCACUUCCGCACCAAAAACAUCUAAUCGCCCAGCAUGAUCAUCUCCAAGCAGAACAGGCGCGUCAUCUACGAGAACCUUUUCAAGGAGGGUGUCCUAGUUGCCAAAAAAGACUUCAACGCGCCGAAGCAUGAAGAACUCGAUGUCCCUAACCUCCAGGUUAUCAAGGCCAUGCAGAGCCUGACCUCGAAGGGUCUCGUUAAAACUCAAUUCUCGUGGCAAUGGUAUUACUACGUCUUGACCCCGGAAGGUGUCGAGUACCUCCGUGAAUGGUUACACCUCCCCGCUGAGAUCGUCCCUACCACACACAAGAAAGCUGUACGCCCCCCACGCCCUGCUGCUGCUCCUGGACGAGGUGGAGAGGGUACUUACCGUGCUCCUCGUGGUGACCGGGACGACUACCGCAAGAAGGAGGGUGCUCCCGCAGACUUCAGGCCACAGUAUGCUGGUGUUGGCAGAGGUGCUCCAAGGGAGUAAGCUGGAGGCAAGACCCAUAGAUAAGGCAUGGGGGUGAUCUUUUAUGCCCGAUUUGUGGUUGUGGAUUGAUGUUCCCCUGGUCAUAAAAUCUUGUAGUAUGAGCAUGUCCAUGCCCCUGACUUAUGCUAUGCUUUCUUUUCGCGCUCACUUUAUGACACGACUAUCCGCAUUAUAAUGAUCACUCGAGGACUCGUUCACUUCUCUGUGGGAUUUGGCUUACUCGACCGGUAUACAGAUUCACCUCCAUUUGGUAAUCGCUGUACUUUUGCAUCAUCAUGGUCUAUGUUAUGCGUGAAACAAUGGAACAUAG